AUGCAAGCAGUAAAACUUUUGGCCGCCGUGGGCGCAUUGGCCGGCAGUGUAUCUGCAAUCCCUGGUCCCGUGGCUCAAAGCAAGCGAGGUGGCCCUAAAGUUCAGGUCCUACCACGACAACUCCCAGCAGAGCCAACUGGAGUACAGACCAUCGUCAGUCCCAACGGUGUCAACAUCACAUAUAAGGAGCCGGGGAAAGAAGGAGUCUGCGAGACCACUCCCGGGGUCAACUCCUACGCGGGCUUUGUCAAUCUAGCAGAGGAUGUGCACAGCUUUUUCUGGUUCUUCGAGUCCAGAAAUGACCCGGCCAAUGAUCCAAUCACCCUCUGGCUCAAUGGUGGACCGGGAAGUGACUCUCUUAUUGGGUUGUUCGAAGGCAAGUACACGAUGGAGGUGUGUGGGACGAGCGUAGCACGACUGACCGCCUUUACAGAAUUGGGGCCAUGUAAUGUCACCGAAGACCUCGUUACGCAGCUGAACCCGUACGCUUGGAAUGAGGCAUCGAACAUGAUCUUCCUCAGUCAACCCCUCGGUGUGGGCUUUUCCUACGGUUCGAAGGAACCGGGUUCCUUGGAUCCACUGCUGGGCAACUUCCUCAACGCUUCUCAAGCCAAUGUGACCGGCAGAUACCCGGUGAUCAAUGCCAGCGCUAUUGAUACCACCGAUCUCGCUGCUAUUGCUGCUUGGGAAGUCCUCCAAGCAUUCUAUGCCGCACUACCGCAGUUGGACUCGAAGGUACAGUCCACCCAAUUCAACUUGUGGACUGAAUCAUACGGAGGACAUUACGGGCCAGCCUUCUUCAACUACUUCUACCAGCAAAAUGAGGCAAUUGCCAAUGGCACGCAGACCGGCAAGUAUUUUGAGUUUGUCAACCUGGGUAUCAUGAACGGCAUCAUCGACGAAUAUAUCCAAGCACCGUACUACCCACGCUUCGCGAACAACAACACCUACGGCAUCAAAGCCGUCAACGACACCGUAUACGACUACAUGACUUUCGCCUGCUUCAUGCACAAUGGCUGUCUGGAGCAGAUCGAACUCUGUGCGGAAGCUGACACCACGACCCUAAGCGGCCAGGCUGUCUGCACUGAAGCGGAGGACAUGUGUCGCGACAACGUCGAAUCCCCAUAUUACUACUAUGGCGGGCGCGGCGUCUACGACAUCCGUCAUCCAUAUGACGACCCGACGCCACCGUCAUAUUUCGCCGACUACCUCAACCUUGCAUCGACGCAGGAGGCGCUCGGGGUCGACACCAACUACACCACGACGGCCAACGAUGAAGUCUACUUCGCCUUCCAGCAAACGGGUGACUUCGUGUACAUCAACCUCCUUGAGGACCUGGAGCAAAUCCUCAACAGAUCGACCGUCCGUGUUACGCUAGUGUACGGUGAUGCCGACUAUAUUUGUAAUUGGUUCGGCGGGGAAGCCGUCUCCCUGGCGGCACAAUGGCCGCAUGCCCAAGAAUUCGCCGCGGCCGGGUAUGUCCCGUUUAUGGUUGAUGGGGUGGAGUAUGGCGAGACGCGAGAGUACGGCAAUUUCUCCUUCACUCGCAUCUACGAGUCGGGCCAUGAGGUGCCAUACUACCAACCCAUCGCCGCCUUGGGAUUCUUUUCUCGUGCCAUUGGGCUUUUGGAUAUGCCCACAGGCACGACUAAAGUCGACGGCACCAAUGGCGGAACUAACGGGACGGCGGUGGCAACGCAUACCGAGUCGUUUGUACCAUUGCCAGCCACCACUUCUUCGGCCGCUGCAGCGGGGACCAGUGCCGCCACAACAGCAGCAGGCAGCAUCCCGAUGAGAUUCAGGAGGGGAGAUUCAUGA